AUGUCUACCAUGUCUUACGAUAUCGCGUAUCCGAUCUCGGAAGAUCCGCAACCGGUCUCGCGCACUUAUCAAUAUCGCAAAGUGAUGAAACCGAUGCUUGAGCGCAAGAGACGCGCUCGCAUCAACCGCUGUCUUGACGAAUUAAAGGAGUUAAUGGUCAGCGCACUUCAGUCGGAGGGCGAAAAUGUUGCCAAGUUGGAAAAAGCCGAUAUUUUGGAAUUGACCGUCCGUCAUCUUCACAAGCUUCGCCGUCAGCGUCGCCUGUCACUGAACCCUUCUGUGGACGCCGACCGCUUCAGAGCUGGAUUUACUCAUGCUGCAAAUGAAGUUUCCCGCUGCUUGGCAUCAGUCCCUGGUGUUGACGUGAGGCUGGGAACUCAGCUGAUGACUCACUUGGGCCACAGACUCAACGACAUCCAGCGCGCGGCAGGCACUGACACGCCUCCUGCCAGCCCACCCAGCCCUGCUCUAUCCACGGUGUCUUCCUCUUCUGGCUACGUUUCACCUUCUCCACCAGCCUCUCCAAUGCCAGUGCACACCGCUGUUCCCCUGGACUGCACCACAAACAGCUUCUCCAAGAGCUCAGUGUGGAGGCCCUGGUAA